CUGGCGCCACGGCCGAUCCAAUCGUCGCACCAUCUCCAGCUUCGGAGCCGGUCGUGGCGCCUGCAAUGGCCAAACCGGCUGCGCCCGUCGAUGCACCCUCGACUCCCACGGUCGUUUUGGAGGAUGACGAGAGCGUGAGUAACGAAGUUCCGCUGGAACGCCACCGUCGACCAGUUCACUCUCCUCCCGUCCAUCCUCCUCCGGUCGUCGAGGCGACCGCUAGACCACGUCCUUCCGCGGCAGAUCGUGGUAAGAGGCCCAUGGCCGAUCCUGAGGCCACGGCCGAAACGCCGAUCCAUCCGCAGGACGAAGACCUUCCCAUUCCUCCACAGGAAGUCUCUUCGGCCUUUGUAAGUCUCGCUUCUUUUGUAUUGAUUUUUUCGUGACACAUGUUUUAUUUGAAAAAGACCAUUAAAUGUCAGGUGCCCGAACAUUCAUUUCACCGGCAAUUUUACGCGCCGAGGGGUGUUGUCUAUAUUUCCUGGCCACCGUCGUGGCCAUCAAAUGUAGACAACCUCCAUCGGCCGCGUGAAUUGCGUAGCGGUCUAAGGCACUGGGCUCGGCCAUUAAGUUCCCUGGGUUCGAGCAAUGACCCAGAGGGCAUGGCCGAGGUCUCCUCUCGGCAGGUCUAAAACAAUCCCCCUUUUCCUUUAUGCACUAUAUGAUGACGUUUUACUUUUCUUCACAAAGUUCUCUUACGUGCAGCCGUCGUGGGAAGUGGAGCUCGAUGCCCUUCUGCAGAGCACGAAUGGUGCGGCCGGUUCUUCUGCUGCUCCGGCCGAAUCGGCGGAAGCCACGCCCGCCGAAGUCUUUGUGAAGCUGCACGAAGUCUUGUCUCUGACUGCCUCCCAAGCUCUUCGGUGCAAAGGCCUCGACUCUGUUGGAGAGUGUCUCAACGACCUCGCCAGCGGUGGUCAUCUGAGCCCGGAAGGUAUCUCUUUCCUUACCGACCUCCUGGAGCGGACUCGGCAACACUUCUAUGUCCUCGAGCGAGCCCUUCAAGCCGAGGAUGACUUGAAGGCUGCCAAGGUCGCGCAAGAGGCCGGCCGAGCUGAGAUGGAGGCAAUCAAAGCUAAGAAGGCGACGCUGACUGAGUUUGAUCGCCAGAUAUUUGAACUCCAACGUCAAAUCUCUGACCUUCAACGACAGAGGUCAGUUGCCGCUGCCGAGCUCGAGAAGAACUUCGAGGCUAGCAAAGCUCGACUGACGGCCUUCGCUGCCGGUGCACGGCACGUCCAGCAGUUGCAGUGUAACAAGAAAACCAGGCAGGCCGAGAUCAUUCUGGGCGAAGCGAAGUGGCUGGAGCUAAAAGCUGCCCUUGAGACUUAUCUCCCCCCGUCCCCUUAGAAAUCUCAUUGUAUUGUAUUUUCUUUUUUGUAAUGAUUCUUUUGAUAUCAAUACAAUGGUCGUUUUACUAUUAAUCCGAUGGUCGUCUCGCUACAAUGGUCUUAUUCUUGCAUUUCCCAUGUAAUUGGAUAAUACUUCUUUAAAAACUUUCCAUUAAUCGGCAAUUUGUGAACUGAACCCGUCCGAUCUUUUAAAUGAUAUGCCCCCUUGCCGAGGACUUUGUGAACGACGAAUGGCCCUUCCCAAUUCGGCGACCACUUCCCAAAUCUUGGAUCCUUAAUCCCAACAGGCAACACAGUUUGCCAAACCAAUUCUCCUUCGCCGAACGUUUUUUGUCUUACCCGCUGGUUAUACGCUCGUUCGGCAAUUUUCUUUUGUGCUAUCAAUAAGUUACUCGCGUCGACUCGACUUUCUUCUAAAUCUUCUAAUUCCUGCCGCAUCGCUUGACAAUAUUCAAUACUGAACAAGUCACUCUGCUCGAUUACUCGUAACGAACUUAUACUUAACUCGACCGGUAACAUGGCGUCGUGUCCGUAAGUUAACGCGUAAGGGGUCGUUCCAGUGGCCGAGCGGGGUGAAGUUCGGUAUGCCCAUAACGCGUCAUUUAACUUUAAGUGCCACAACCCAGGUUUUUCUUUUACCAUUUUUUCAAGGAUGCCGAUCAACACUUUAUUGCUUGCCUCGGCCUGCCCGUU